AACGUAAUCUCGCGGCAUCGUCCGAAAUAUUUUUUCCCCGGUUUAUUUUAUGGCAACAUCUCAGGGAGUUGUGUGUAGCAUACUGUUUAGAGAGAACUUCAGGUUCAUAUGCAAUGGAUAACAACGAAUUAGAAAGGCUUGCCCAAGAGGAACUUUUACAGGAAGCAAAGAGAGCUAAAUCAAGAGCAGAAGAGGUGGGUCCAAUGGGAUGGCAGAGGUGUCCUCUUCCAGUGACAAACAAGAGAUUCCUUCGUAAUGUGUUAGUUAGUACGCUGGAGCCAAGAAAAAAGAAACCCAAACAAGCAGGUACAGAACCCUGUAAAACCAAGGAAAAAGCAACAAACCGUAAACCAGUUCACAAGGACAGUCACCGCAAGAAUACAUCCAAACACCGAAACAAGUCUGACAAAGAUAGACACAAACAUCACAAACACAAGUCCAAGCAUAAACAUACCAAUCCAUGAAGCUAUAAACUGAACUACUCAAGGUACUUUGGAGUUCUUUCUUUGGACUACACACCAACCAUUUACAUUUAUGUUACAGUUUAAAGAAUUUAAGUACAUGAAUAUAAGCAGCAAAACAUGGUUCAAAAUCCAUACAAACGUCUCUAAUGUUGAGACAGCGUCCCCCAAAACCAUAUUAACUCUUAAAAUUUUUUAUCAGUUUUGUAACAACUACAGGUAAGAUUCCAUUAUUCACCUACCACUUGAAAGAAACUGAGAUGAAAAUCACAUAUAUUUGCCCAAUUUAAGAGUAUCACAAAAAUCAUAAAAAUUUUCAUGUGGUGUCAGUUUAUCGAUUGGUUAAAACUUGAAACUCACCCCAGUUCCCCGUGCAGUUUCGGAAUAGCCUAUCAUCUGUCAUCUAUACAUAACAGAUAUUCUGAAAUAUAUAUAUAUGUAGUUUGCCAAGACUUUUGAGGCUCUGUUGUAGAAAUUUGUAAUAACAUUUUUUUCAAAAUUUACCUGUUUGACUCUACCUCAAAAUUUCAUUAGGAAGUGGCUUGAUUAAACAUAAUUCAUGCAAAAUGAAAUUAAAAUUUGCAAGACAGGUCUUGAGUUAUUUUUGAAACUGGCAACUUGUCACAUCUUCUAAGUUUAAUGAAAAAUACUUAAAUGAUGUACUUUCUUUGAAUUACAACUGAAGGAGAACCAUUUGUUUACCUAAGGGGGACAGGUCUAAAACGAGGUUGAGGGGUGAGAGAUGGGGAACUUAUGUGAGGGGCUAGGGUUGUUAACAUUAUCACCAUUGAGAGCUAACUGCAAACAGGCUAACCUAAGCAUUUUUCAGGGUAACUGCAGUGCUCUUCAGGCUAAACAGAGUGCUAUUCACCCCCCUCUUUUCACCCCUUGCCUCCAUUUUAGACUUGCACUUUAUGGCUACCCCUAAUCAUGGGUAGAAGUGGUCAAAACCAUAACACUGUACAGACAUAACAUAAUGGCCAUCUUGUAUUAUAAUCUAACAUAAUCGCACAUGUAAUAUAUUAACUUGAAACUAGAGUCACUGAAUUUAUGUCUUUUAAAAAGAAUAGAGAAAUUUGUAGAGUUGUCAAUGGCUAGAAAAUAAUAAAACUUUCAACUUUCUGGGUUUUUUACUGUCUUACUGCGGCCUUCUGCAGUUAAAAUGGUGUUCUGUCAUAAAAAAAAUCUAUAAAUAGCAGCAGAUCGUCCAAGCUCACAGUAAGUCUGAGGACACAGAGUUGACUCUUGUUUGUGAGAAGUAUUGUUUUCCAAAGACUUGAUAAUUGGUUUGAAAAGGAAUGGAACAAUUUUGUUAUAAAAAGUAUGAAAUGAAAUGUUUAGUGAAUAAAAUAGGCAUGUCUUGUU